UUGGCUCUCAUUCAAAUCCUUUAAGAGAUUCAAGAUUCAAGAGAGUUUUAUUGUCAAGCACAGUAAAAUUGGUGGUUCUGCUAUGCAAUGAAAUUCUUGUUCUGUUCAUUCUCCCAAAAAAAGAAAGAAAAACACAAGAAAAAGAAUAAGAACAUCAGAAACACAAAUGCCAAUAAAUUCAGCAACAACAACAGAAGAGACAUUAAUACAAAUAAAUAAAUAAAUAAAUAAAAUAAAGUGCUAUGAGUGUGUGCGUGUGUUGCGUGCGGUGUGUGUGAGUGCUUCGUUGAGAAGCCUGAUGGCCUGUGGGUAAAAGCUGUUUGCCAGUCUUGUGGUCCUGGACUUCAAAGUCCUGUAGCGUCUGCCUGACGGUAGGAGUGUGAAUAAUGAGUGUUGUGGAUGUGUGCUGUCCUUGAUGAGGUUGUGUGUUCUGCGUAGGACUCUAGAUUUAUAAAUGUCUUGCAGUGAGGGGAGGGCUGCCCUGUAGGUGCGAAAGGGCUGUGUGGAUGGCAGUGUUGACUGCAUCAUCAGUGGACCGGUUCUGGCGAUAUGCAAACUGUAGAAGGUCCACAGUUGCCGGGAUGCUAUUUUUGAUGUGGGUCAUGACUAUUCUUUCAAAGCACUUCAUAACAAUAGGAGUGAGUGCUAUAGGGCGAUAGUCAUUCAAGCAGGUCACGUUGCUCUUCUUGGGUACAGGCACUAUGGUGGUGGACUUAAAGCAGGUCGGAACAGAUGCUUGUGCAAGCGACAGGUUAAAUAUGUCAGCAAGCACAUCAGCUAGCUCUGAUGAGCAAACCCGAAGUGCACGUCCUGAGAUGUUGUCUGGGCCUGCUGCUUUUCGUGGGUUUGUUUUGUUCAGAACCCUGCGCACAUCAGCUGAUGUCACCAUGAGAGGUGAGUCCUGUGUGCUCCCCAAGUCCAGACACCCUGUCUGCUCAUCAGGAGUUUGGGUGUCAAAGCGGGCGUAGAACUCGUUCAGCUCUUCUGGAAGUGUGGUUUAGCUGGAUGUGGCUACGCUACUCCGCUGUCGAUACUCCGUGAUGUGCUGAAGCCCUUUAUCUUUUUGGCCCUCUCGUGUCCAAGAACUUAUUCCCUGAAUUUUUAAACAAUAUACAAAUGUAACACUACAUGGUCACAAUAUGAACAGCACCGCAAACAAAAACCCCACAAAGAUAUUUGUGAGAAUAAACAUAGAAGAGAAUUGAAUCCAAUACUGACACCAGCUACCCAUCUUUCCAUACAAUCAAUAUUUUGAUUGAUCAUUGCUAUAGCACAUCUCAUUUCGGAUUACCCUCAUCUAAUCCAUUAUAUAAUGUAAUGCAGUACUAUUUGUUAAUUUGUAAGGCUUUAUGCAGUAAGAGAGUAUAUAUAUGUAUACAAGAUAUGUAUAGAAUAGUUGGACCACACAGUCAAGAGAUCUGGACCAUCUGGGUUCAAAUCUCCACUUGGGAAUCUUUGUGUGGAGUUUGCAUGUUGUCCCUGUGCUUGCGUGGGUUGUCUCCGAGUGCAUCCUUCCACAUUCCAAAAAUAUGCAUGUUAAGUUAAUUGGAGACUCUAAAUUGUUUAUAUGUAUGAAUGAGUGUGAAUGAUUGUUUGUAUACAUGUGCCCUGCGAUUGGCUGGCAACCAGUCCACUCCCUGCCUCAAAAAGCCAAAGUCAGCUAGGAUAGGCUCAAGCAUACCCCCGCAAUCCGAGUGAGAAUAAGCGGCAUAGAAAAUAAAUGAAUGAAAGAAUGUUUAGAAUAUAAAAUAAGCCGCUUUUUCUCAAAAAUAUAAUUGUAAAAAUGACAAAGUGCCCCAUCGCAUCCUUUGAUUUUUCUGUAUGCGGCCUUUGUUGCAAAAAGUUUGGACAUCCCUGUCUUAGCUUUACAGUACUUAUUCUAAUUGCAAGUAAACGUUGGAACUGCCAUGUUGGCCCGUAAGCAAACAGGACGAGAAGCUGUGUUGUUUCUGUGUGAAAAGACAUUUACAUUUGUCAUCAAAAGUCAUAUCUUAAUACAAUUUUCUACUUUCUAAGGUUCAAUUGAGACUCCUGCAGCCCAGUUGGUAUUUUUUUCAUGAAAGUAAGCAAUGAAAAGCGCCGCCAUAUUGGUCCUGGCAAGACUCGUCUUUAAGCAAACAAGACGUGUAGCUGUGUUGUUUGUAUAACGAUGCAACAUAGAUGUUAACAUGUGUACUAAACAUCUCAUUCAUUUUCAACUAGUUAAUUUUGUAGUUAAUCGUAUGGCUUACUAAUUAUGUGUAAACAGAAAGCCAUAUUUGUCCUGUUUUUAAAGGUACAAUUAUAUUUAUCCGCUGAUUUCAAUGACCCAAAUUGUAUUUAGGGUUCUUAAUUAACACGCAGAUGUGGGAAAUGUAGUUAUACAAAUGUUGAUAUUUGGGUUGCUGUUGGGCUAUUACAUUAAUUGAUGAGACAAUGUUAAUGUGAUGUUACGCUAUUAUAAUAUUGUCUGGUUGAAUUUAAUAUUCUUGUCGUCGUCGAUAUCUGGAUACAAAAUAAGUGCGUCAUCCAUCAACUGUCUCGUCAUAAGGCGGCGGACACGCCCCUCCUCAUUCAUUCCAGCAAACCAGACUGCCUUCUGUCAGCGCAAUCACAGCGGUCGGAGAGGAGGCAAAGAGAGGCAGCCAAGUGUGGACGCAGUCCGGAUGGUUAAAUCUAACCUACAGACGAUUUUGAAUAGUCACUGUUUUGCUAGAGAAAAGGAAAGAAACUUAACUGAGAUGCCUGUGAUCGAACAGUCCAGUAAUAAUAAACCGGAAAGUGAAAGUAUCUCCAGUCCCCGGAGGUGCUCCCGCUGUUGCAGUAACCCGUGUCCGGGGCCUCUGUGGUGCUCCGAUGCCCCUCACCCACCCCUGAAGAUCCCAGGUGGGCGAGGGAAUGACCAGCGGGAUCGCAAUCUUUCAGCUAAGCUAUUCUACUCUGAUGCUCAGUUGCUGGUUCUUGAGGAGUCGCCUCCCCCGGCCACCAGCAGAGUGCGCUUCUUGCUCUUCGAGCCUCGCUUCACCGAAGGCAAGAACUGCGUGUGGAGGGCGGCUCUCAAAGGAGGCAACCUCUACGUCGAAAUCCCCCCUGGCGCUUUACCCGAGGGCAGCAAGGACAGUUUUGCUCUCCUGCUGGAGUUUGCAGAAGAGCAGCUGCAGGGCGAUCACGUGUUCAUCUGUUUCCACAAGAGCCGUGACGAUCGAGCAUCCCUCCUGCGCACAUUCAGUUUCAUGGGCUUUGAGAUUGUGAGACCGGGUCAUCCCCUCGUCCCGUCCCGCCCUGACGCUUUCUUCAUGGCUUACAGCAUCGAGCGAGACUCCUCGGAUGAUGAUUAAAUUAAGGGAAAACAAACACCUGGCAGUUCCAAACGUUCCUUUCUUCUCAUCUUCACCAAUCCACCAUCCUUAGUAGACGUGACUUAUCUUCUAAUAAUCAAAGUGUGUGUGACCUACCAUGUGCUGUGUUCCAGGCUAGGAAAGUAAACAACAAGCACGUGGCAUAUGGGUCACUGUUGUACUCCCUGUGACGUCUAGUGAUGACUUCCUGUUCACCAUAGUCUGCACAGGCUGAUUUAUAUUUAUGAUUACAUUGGAAUUCAUUCAUCUUACUCCUGGAAGUAGAUUUGUUUUCAUAGUAAUUGUGAGUUGAUUCUCCUGUUUAUGUUGAUUUAUUGUUUUUGUUUUCUAUGUGUGCAUGAAUUUCAUUUGAUGCUCUGAUGCACUUGACAGAUAUUUGCAUGUUGAAACUGAAUCAAUUAAAAGUAUACAUCUCA